AUGGCAUCCUCACUGCCUGUUCUUUUCGUGCUCGUCGUCGUCGCCGGCCUCAUGGCCGCUUCGUGGGCCUUUACUCCGAAAGGCCCACAACAAACGCUCAUUCGCACAAGCCUGAUGCUCACUUUGGCAUGCUGCUAUCUCAUGUGGAUGGUCACGUAUCUCGCACAGCUGCACCCGCUCAUUGGUGAGUCCGCGACCUGA